AUGAGCGGCGUGGAGGCAGGCGGGUCGGGCCAGUUGGGCGCGCCGUCCCUGGAUGCUCUGCUGGCGGAGAUGGCGGAGCAUCUGCCCGUCGUGUACGCGCCAAACACACCGCCGCGCGACGACCAGCAACAGCAGCAGCAGCGGCAGCAGCACCACGGGCCGGCCGCUGGGCCGAGCGGUGCGGGCGGGCAGGCGGCCCAGCAGGGCGGCAGCCGGCGCGGCACGUGGGGCCGCGGGACGGCGUCGCACAAUGAACGCCGCGGCGCGGCGGCCUUGUCGCUGUCGCUGUCGCUGUCUUCCUGGGACGACCCUCAGCAGCAGUCCUGGCAGCACGCGGCCGCCGCGGACCAGCAGUCGCGGCACCACGGCGGCAGCGCAGCGGCGGCGGCGCGGCGAUUCCCCCUGCUCGCGGGGCGGCCGGCCGGCAGCCGCACGGCGGCGGCGGCGGCGGAGCGCGCUCCCAAUUCGCUCGAGGACAGCCUGCCGGCGGCGGCCCCAGCCGACCCCGCGGCCCGCCACCCAGCAUCUGGGCGGCCCAGCCGGCUCAACACUGCCGCGCAGCACCCCUCGUCCGCCGCCGUCCUUUCGGCCGCGGCACCUGGAUCCCCGACGCGGGCGGCCGCGUGGGAGGGCGGUGCGGUGGGGGUGGCUACGGGGCGGCUGUUUGAGCUGCGGUGUGUGCUGUGCCACCACCUGCAGGCCUCAGCCCUGUAUGACCCCCAGGCGCUGCUCUCUACGCUGCGCGGCAGCCGCCUGUGGCACGAGCAGGCUCUCGCCCUCAGCCGCCGCGGCGACCACCAGGGGGCCCUGCGCCUGCUCGCGCUGCGCGCUGGAGCGGUGGACGGCGCGAUCGCCUACUGCAGGGCGCUGGGCGGCGGCCAGGAGUCGUGGCUGGCGCUGCUGGAGCUGUUCCUGCGCCCUGCAGCCGGGGCACAGCAGCAGGAGCAGCAGCAGGAGCAGCAGCAAGAGCAGGAGCAGGAGCAGCAGCAGCAGCAGCAGCAGCAGCAGAGCGAAAACCAGCAGCAGCAGGGGGUAGGCGUCGGAGCCGGCGACGCGUCCGAGCCGGACGCCGAGGCGGAGUCGCCCCCCGCGCCCAACUACGCCGCGGCGGUGCGCGUGCUCAACGCCCACGGCGCGCGGCUCAACCCCCUGCGGCUGCUGCAGGCCCUGGACGACGCCAUGCCGCUGCCCCUGGCCCGCGAGGCCCUCGCGCGCGUGCUGGGCGGCGUGACGCACCGGCGGCGGGCGGGGCAGGUGGCGCGCGCCCUGCACCGCGCGCGCCACCUGGCGGUGCAGGCUGACAGGGCGGAGCUGCAGCAGGCGCGGGUGGUGGUGGGGGACGACACCGGCUGCCGCGGCUGCGGGCGGCUGCUGGGGGACCGCGUGAUCUACAGGCACCCCUCAGGCGUCGUGCUCUGCGGCCGCUGCGUCGCGCCGGCCGCGGGCGCAGGGGCGGGGGCGGCGGCGGGCGGCGGCGGCGGCCGGGCGGCUGCUGACGAUUUCGUUAUGGUGUGA